AUGGUAGCAACACCUGAAGAUCAUUCAACAGGCUACGCUCCUACACCAGUACUCACAGUCCCACGAGUCGCUACACGACCCCACCGUCCACUAAGCGAUCCUUUUGAUAGGCCAGUCGCUAUGCCUCUCAACAGCAGCCCUAUUCCCGGCUUCUCAGCAGAGCAAGUCCGCUCCAUUACCAAGCUCAUAGAAGACGUGCUCGACAAGGCACUUGACAAGCGAUUUGGACCACUGCAGCCACAGCAAAAGCAGUCAGUUAUAAUGCCAAAGCCGGCACAGCAAGAGCAGGAACAAGAGCAUAGGCCAUUGCAACAGGCAAAUGUGGAGAAAAUUGCGGAGAAAACUGUGGAGAAAAAUACGGAGAACAUUGCGGAGAAACAGAGCAUCGCCAGCAGCAGCAGUCCUAUUCAAGCGGGCACUCUCUCCACAAUUCCACACCAGGCCACUAUGCAUAAUUGCGGAGAACCUUCCCCUCGCCUCAGCAGUACUCCACUUUCUACCUCGCUUCUCGCCUCUCAACUCGCCUCUCCGCUCGGCUACAUUCGAUUCGCGAAGGAUAUGGAGGCUAUAGGCCAAGGAUAG